AUUGGCUGGCAAAUUUCUUUUCCUUUCUUUUUUGUUUUUAACUCUUCAUUUUUGAACUGCACUUGAGCAAUGGAGGGGAUGACAACUUUUUCAAAGCGAGAGCAGCGAUCUCUAGGUGUUCCGGCGCUUUGAAAAGAAACUUCCAAGAACCCGGAGGAGAGAAAGAUGCUUCUCUAGUGUCGUGAGCAUCUGUUGACUACAUGUCUGCGAAUGAAGAUGAGGCUGUGUGCAUCCACCAGCAGAUAGAGACGCUUGAUUGAUGUCGGCACCGUGACUGACAAAGGAGGAGGCUCUGCUGAUUGCUGAGAAGGAAAUCGGUGGCUGUUCUUUCGGCCCCUCCCUGCUGGAGAUUGCCGUGUUUAGAAUCUGCAGCAAGAAGAUAGCGAAGUUGAAAGCCGAACUGUGAGCCUGCCAGAGCUGGUUUUCCAGAGCACUUAUAAUUUGAGUUGGAUGAACCAGUUCUUCAGCCUGCUUCCUUGGUGCCCUUUCCAGGGAUGACAACUGCCCUUGACAUCUCUUCAGACCUGGAACUUUAUGUGUAUGAAACUAGAUUCGUUUUCUCGAAGUAUAAUUAGGAACAGAGGCUUCACGGGGCGAGAGAACCGCUGGCUGACACAGCUGUGGAGAUGAUCUGUCUAGUGCUGAAAAUGUCUCCAGAUUUUUGACAACGGCUAAAUAACCAUGGGGUCCAGCGGCCUCGGGAAAGCAGCAACGCUAGAUGAACUGCUCAGCACGUGCAUUGAGAUGUUUGACGACAAUGGAGAACUGAACGACAGCUACUUGCCAAGAAUAGUUCUCCUGAUGCACCGAUGGUAUUUAUCUUCCACCGAACUGGCAGAAAAACUCCUCUGCAUGUAUCAGAACGCCAGUGGAGACAGCUGUGAUGAGUUCCGGCUGAAGGUCUGCUAUUUCAUGAGGUACUGGAUUCUGAAAUUCCCUGCAGAGUUUAAUUUGGAUCUUGGUUUGAUUCGUAUGACUGAGGAGUUCCGGGAAGUAGCAGGUCAACUAGGAUAUGAAAAACACAUCAACCUCAUGGACAUAUCGAGCAUUCCUUCUUAUGACUGGAUGAGGAGAGUCACGCAGAGGAAGAAAGUAUCAAAAAAGGGGAAGGCCUGUCUCUUAUUUGACCAUCUGGAGCCCAUUGAGUUGGCCGAGCACCUCACUUUUCUGGAGCAUAAAUCUUUUAGAAGGAUCUCAUUCACAGAUUAUCAGAGCUACGUCAUCCAUGGCUGCCUGGAGAAUAACCCAACAUUGGAGAGAUCUAUUGCUUUAUUUAAUGGAGUCUCCAAGUGGGUCCAGUUGAUGGUUCUCAGCAAACCAAGUCCUCAGCAAAGGGCAGAAGUCAUCACAAAGUUCAUCAAUGUAGCACAGAAACUCCUUCAACUAAAAAAUUUUAACACCUUGAUGGCAGUGGUUGGCGGCCUUAGUCAUAGCUCCAUUUCCCGACUCAAAGAGACCCAUUCUCACCUCUCUUCAGAAGUUACAAAGAACUGGAACGAAAUGACAGAGCUGGUCUCCUCCAACGGCAAUUACUGCAAUUACCGCAGGGCCUUCGCCGACAGCGACGGCUUCAAAAUCCCCAUCCUGGGCGUGCACUUGAAGGACCUGAUAGCGGUCCACGUCAUUUUCCCAGACUGGAUGGAGGAGAAAAAAGUGAACAUUGUGAAAAUGCACCAGCUCUCCGUUACCCUGAGCGAGCUGGUCUCCCUGCAGAACGCCUCUCAUCACUUGGAACCUAACAUGGAUCUGAUCAACCUGCUCACUCUCUCUCUGGACCUCUAUCACACUGAAGAUGAUAUUUACAAACUGUCACUGGUGCUGGAGCCUAGAAACUCUAAAUCGCAGCCUACCUCCCCCACAACACCCAACAAGCCUGUGGUGCCCCUGGAGUGGGCUUCAGGGGUGAUACCAAAGCCAGACCCCACAAUCAUCAACAAACACAUAAGGAAGCUGGUUGAGUCCGUGUUUCGAAACUAUGAUCACGACCAUGAUGGAUACAUCUCCCAGGAGGAUUUUGAGAGUAUUGCUGCCAAUUUCCCCUUCCUAGACUCCUUCUGUGUGCUAGACAAAGACCAGGAUGGCCUAAUUAGCAAAGACGAAAUGAUGGCUUAUUUCCUGAGAGCUAAAUCCCAGCUACACUGCAAAAUGGGACCAGGAUUUAUCCAUAAUUUUCAGGAGAUGAACUAUCUCAAGCCGACCUUCUGUGAACACUGUGCGGGAUUUCUCUGGGGCAUCAUCAAACAAGGCUACAAAUGCAAAGACUGUGGAGCCAACUGUCACAAGCAGUGCAAAGACCUCCUGGUUCUGGCCUGCAGGAGACUUGCCCGGGCACCCUCCUUGGGCAGCAAUCCUGGGUCACUGCCUGGAAGCCCAGCUUUGCCCCCAGUGCAGGAUGAGGUGUUCGAGUUUCCUGGGGUCACUCCUGGCCACCGGGACCUGGACAGCAGAGCCAUCACACUGGUUACAGGCUCUUCUCGUAAAAUCUCCGUGAGGCUGCAGCGAGCCACCACUAGUCAGGCUACCCAGACGGAACCUGUGUGGUCAGAGGCUGGCUGGGGAGACUCGGGGUCCCAUACAUUCCCCAAAAUGAAAUCCAAGUUCCAUGACAAAGCAGCCAAGGACAAAGGUUUUGCCAAGUGGGAAAACGAGAAGCCCACGGUACAGGCUGGUGUGGAGGUUGUAGACCGAGGCACUGCAUUCGAACCCGACCAGGACGAAGGGCGAGAUGAAGCCAAACCGGAGGGUGAGGUUCCGGUGUGUCUUGCAGGAUGGCUGAGCUCAGGCUGGGGGAACUGAAGGCCUUCCUGUCAGCUUUGGGGAGAGACAAGAAACGCUCCGCCAAGCACUUCCGGCUCUGGAAGCGAUCCGGAAAAGAGAUCUGCACAUGCUCACAGCCUCACGCCAACCUGGGAUCUCCACGGCCAGACAGAGGAUUUACCCCAACUCUGAACUAUUUAUUUCCCACACUCUGCCCCUGCCGGGGUGCCACGACCACUGUUAUUUAUGGACUCAGCAGUUUCUCACAUCUCUCUAGAGCCGUUUAUACACAGGGGAAGGAGAGCUUUGGCGCAUGUGAUGAUACCCACUCUCUAAAUUCAAAACUUGGCUCUUUUGGACAAUAUUAUUUUCAUAAAUUGUGGUGUGUGUGUGUGUGUGUGUGUGUGUGUGUGUGUAGGGGUGUCUCAUAAGGAGCUGAGUGUAAACUCCUUUUGUGUGCUUUUUAAAUGGGACCAGGAAUUGAAGUUUUGCUGACAGACAAAGGCGUUCUUCAGACUCAGGAAGGCAGUGAUUCCUCUGAUGAUAAUUAGCUGUGAGAAAUGUUUCUGGCAUUCUACCACACAGUGACUGUGGUGUGUCAUGCCGUGUGUGUGUGUGUGUGUGUGUGUGUGUGUGUGUGUGUGUGUGUGUGUAUCACCUAGGUCUCACCAACCCUGCAUCACCAAGGGGAAAUCAUAGCCCCCAAGCUCCCCUAAUAUUCAUACUAGCUACAGUGAAAAAAAUUAUAUGCCUGGCCACCUAAUUGUGUUCCCCAAUUUCUGAAGUGUCCCAAAAUAGAAUGUUAAUUAAGAAAUCAAAUCAAGUUCCCAGGGAUAUAAUUUAGUAGAAAAAAAUUAAAACAAACAAACAAAUAAAAAAAAACCCACAAAAUUUCUAGGUGAGAAGAACAGCCAGUUUGGAAAGCCAAAAGUAACAUUAAGAUUUUUGUUUUAGAUAACUGCUGGAUGCAAAAGAUAACUUAAUUUCUUAAUAAAUUCUUACCCCCAGUUGAAGAAUAUUCACAGAAAGAAAAAUCAUCAUAAACCUCACUAUGGACUGAUAUUCCAUUUAUACCUUUAAAAUAUUAAUACUUUAAAUGUCUUCCUUUGCCUGUCUAUCUUAUGAAAUAGUGAUUCAUGACGUGCAGAAACAGAGAUGAGGCCAGGCUGGGAUUACACACCAGACCUGUACUCCCUGCACUUGGGACAUGAGGUAGGAGGACCCUCAAGUCUGAGGUCAGCCUAGGAAACUUAGCAAGAUUCUAAGAAAACUAAUAAUAAAGAUAAAAGAAAAAUUGA